UACAGACGGCGCUGCCUCCCGGCCGCGAGCGUGGAGCCGGCCCGGCGCCGCCGCAGCAGCAGCAGCGGGAGCGGAGCGCCCCGGCCGUGCCAUGGGAUUGUGGUGACUGCCCGGCCCCGCCACCCGCCCGCCCCGCGGCCAUGGCCCCCAUGGGCAUCCGCCUCUCGCCGCUCGGCAUGGCCGUGUUCUGCCUGCUGGGGCUGGGCGUCCUCUACCACCUCUACUCCGGCUUCCUGGCCGGCCGCUUCGCCUUCUUCAUGCUGAGCGAGCCGGCGGCCGGCGGGCCCGAGACGCCCCCCGGCUCUGCGCCCGGCGGCGCCGUGGACCUGCGGGAGCUGCUGGCCGUGUCCGUGCUGGCCGCCGUCAGGGGAGGGGAGGAGGUGAAGCGGGUCCGCGAGGGGAACGUCCUCAACGCCAAGGCCAAGGGGAAGACGCGGGAGGGGGCCGAGGAGCAGCUGACCACCGGCGACCUUCUCUCCAACCGCAGGAUGUUCUACCUGCUGAAGGGCGCCUUCCCCGCCGUGCAGAUAAAUUCUGAGGAGCGUGUUGAUACAGCUGAUGAGGAGACAGUCCCCUGGGAUCGCAGUAUUCCUGAAGAAAUAAAGCAAAAAAUACAGCCUAAAGAGGUGCCAGCAGAAAGUGUCACUGUCUGGAUCGAUCCCUUAGACGCUACACAAGAAUACACAGAGGAUCUUCGACAGUAUGUCACGACAAUGGUUUGUGUGGCUGUAAAUGGUAAACCAGUAAUAGGUGUGAUACACAAGCCCUUCUCAUCAUACACAGCUUGGGCGAUGGUGGAUGGUGGGUCAAAUGUAAAAGCUCGUUCCUCCUACAACGAGAAGACUCCAAGGAUUAUUGUGUCCCGCUCCCAUGCAGGAAAAGUUGAGCAGGUUGCACGGCAGACAUUUGGCAAUAAAACUGUGAUAAUCCCCGCUGGUGGAGCAGGUUAUAAAGUGUUGGCCCUCCUUGAUGUGCCUGAAAAGAAUCAAGAAGAAGCUGACGUGUAUAUCCAUGUCACGUACAUUAAGAAGUGGGACAUAUGUGCUGGAAAUGCAGUGUUGAGAGCGUUGGGUGGCCAUAUGACUACCCUGACUGGAGAAGAAAUUAGUUACACUGGCUCAGAUGGCAAUGAAGGAGGACUUAUAGCCAGUAUCAACAUGAACCAUAAAGCACUAAUUGAAAAACUUCCAGAUCUGGAAAAAACAUCACACAAAUAAGCAUGACGGAUGAAGUAGAAGUUGUGCUUUUGUAGCCUUCAGAUGCUCUGUCUGAAGAAGCAGGUGUGAAAAUCUGCUGGAAAAGAUGCACAGCAAAGCAAAGCAGUUUGGUGUGGGCUUGGGGACUGUAUCUUGCAUUGGGUUUUGUCAGUGGUGGUAUUUAAAAAGAAUAAAAUAACAAUAAUAAUAAUAAUAAUUGGAAGUAGGAAGGGGAUUGAUGGUCGCACACAUCAGUUUCCAUGUUUUAUUUUUUUUCAGACUGUUUUCAUGCAGUUCUUAUACUCAAGGUGCAUUUACCAUAUAUAUUGGUAAACAUAGGUGAACUAAAGAAAAAUCAAUUUUUUUUGUAAAAUAUCCUAAGUAUUUCUCACAGAAACUUCUUGAAACUUUUUACAUCUUACUGUAGUUUUAGCAAUUCCAUAAUAAAUUGGGUAGGGAAAAAAGCUUGAUUUGUGUAGGCAUCUGAUAACUGUAAACAGUUUAUCAGGAAUCAUGACCUCGUAUUUUGUAUCCCCUGAAUGGAAAGCACAAGAAGGUUGAUUCAAAUCUAUAUGCAGCAACAGUUUAUCUUUGAUGGUGUGGCACUCUCUGCUUUUUAAGAGAAAAAAAGAAAUGUUCUGUACUAUUUUGACUUCUUUCCUGAAGAUGUAAACCAGUUUUAGUUCAGGUGGGUUGUGAAUAUCAGUGUUUUAUUAAUCAGUGUAAUUAUUUCCUUAUACAUUUUUAAAAGAAGGCAGCAUUUCCUUGUAUAGUUUUUUAGAAGUUACUUCUUGUCCUUGAUUUCUGCAAGCAAUGUUGAAAGAUGCAUGCUAGAUUUUUCUCUAAUAUAGGGCUUGUUCAUCAUGUGGUGUUUGUGCCUAUAGAAGCAGCCUCUUCCUUCAGUACCUGUUAUUUUGUUUGUUUGGGUUUUCUUUCCAUUGGACAGAGUCAUAGGGAAUGAAUUUUACAGAAAUAGUAGGUUGACUGGUUAUUUCCAUUUCCAGCACAAGAUAUAAACCAGCACUUUUUCUACAACUCCAGGAAUAAAUAGCUUUGUCUUUUUAGCUUGCAGCACACUCUUCCUGCAGAAAGCUCUUCAGCCAUUCCAAUCAGCUUGUGAUUUGUGGUAAUUUACAGACAGAGGAGAGACCAUUUGAACUUGAAUCUGCUUAAACAAGAUUGAAGAAUGUGUGGCACUUGAAGUACAGCAGAGUCUGCAAGACUUUACUGAAAAAUGUUCUUUUCAGUCCAGUACAUACAGAACAGAAUGCAGGUCCUUUGAUAUCAAAUGCCAAUUUGAUAUCAAAUUUUCUAAAAUAUGUGGACUUCUAUCUUCAAACAUGUAACCAUCUGCACUGUUGUUCUCUGCAUACCCCUGAAAGGUUUCAGAAGGUUAAAAUGUACAAAUUAUUUGAAUUAUGAGAAAAUAAGCUGCCCAUUUAUCCUCAAAUAUCCUUAAAUUCUUAGUUACUACAGAUGGUUUCUGUUCAAAGUUUGUUCACUAUAGGCUUAGGCUGCUUGAUCCAAACCCUUAAUUUUUUAAUUUUAACUUCUUUCAUAUUGUUAAUGAGAACUACUGUUCUGAUUAGAAAGAGGUUUUUCUCCUUAGGUCAGUCGUGGAGAAUGUUUAGAUACUGCUUUCAACCUCUAGCUGAAGUUCACAUUUCCAAAAGACCUCCCAGUUGUUGCAUAACUACAGAUACAGACUUCUGUUUCUUAAACUUACUGGGAAAGGAGACUGAAGCUUAGUCCUAUGAGCCUUUUGGUACAGGUAGUUUUUGGAGAUCUUCUUUUCCAACGCAGACACUAUUGCUGCUCUUUGAAAAUAACUUUUGCACAGUAGAUAAUACACAAAGCAAUUUUACUUUCAGCUUUUAAAUUUAAGAAACUGCUAUAUGCUAUGAAAAAUAAGUUACGACAAAUAAGUGAUCAUGCUCUUUUUAAAAAGGAUCUGAUCUAUCUCAAAAAGUUGAGCUUCCAAACUUCAGUGAAGAAUAAAAAAAAAAAUUAUCAAGGUUUUAACAUUUUACAAGAAGAUUGCAGCUUUUUAAGGCUGACUUAAAUGUCUUAGAGCCUAAUUUAAUUUUUAAAGUGUUGUUUGUAUGUUUAUUUGUUAAAGAACAUGGAUUAAAAUAUGAGUAUGAGAAAUAGCCAUAGUUAGCCUAGUAUAAAAACUUGAUUGUAUCACAGAGAUCAAAUGCACAAUAUUUAAUUAGGCAAUUAAGAUAAAAUCUGUGGCAAGCUGGGGUUUUAGGAUCAGCCUGAAACCCUAUGUCAACAUUAUUGCUAAAAAUGAGACUGCUUUUAUUUUGGGGAAUGCUUCUUUCACUUCCUUGCAUAAGUUGUGAUCAGGCUUCCUGUAUGGGAAAUGAAAAAUGUUACGUAAUGUACAAGGGCUUACUUGUAUCUUAGUUGAAGGCAUAGACCAGUGAGCAAAAGUAUUUACCUAAGUUAUUUUUUUCCUAGGAAAACAAAGUAACUUAGGAGAGACCCUCCUUUCCUUCCUCCCACAUGCUGGCUAAAAUGCCUAGCCUUCCAUUAGGAAGACUUGUGCUUGUUUAGACACAUUAAUAUCCUGAAUUGCUUUGUUGCAAUGGAUUACAGUGUUCAGUACCUUUCACAGGGGACCAUUAUUGGCCUAAUCUCACUCCUGGUGAAACUGAGGAAGAGAUGAGAGUGCGGUGCCCAGUUAAUUACUCCUAGUAGAGCCUGAGCUCGUGGAACUUUCCCACACUUGAGGGCUAAGGUAGUGCUUGUGGUCUCCCAGUGUAAUUUAAAGAGUAGCUACAUUGGUGUGAGAAUAGGUGAGCAGCUGGUGAAUAUCAGUUUGAGAUGUCAUUUUGCAGUCAAUGUAACUGUUACACAGACCAGCAAGUAUUCACACGUGCUUGCUUAGUGCACGCACCCCAGUGCCCUUUGUGUAGUGUUAACACUCAGUGUGUCAUUUCUUUGGCUUUGUUUACACUCCAUUCUGAAAUGGUCUGCUCAAAUUCUGGCUUAAAUAUUUGUUUGGUCUCAUCAGUGUGGAUGUGACUUAACCUUAUGCCCAGAGGGUGGGAAAUCAUACCAUACCCACAUCUCACUGCUGGGCUACAGCAGUGUUCUUGACAUUUUAGCCUUUUCCACACAAAGCUGUUACACACCAUUUUUAGGGAUGCUACUUAAAACGACUGCAUGUUGUAGGUGGGUCCUACAAAAGUAUAUAUUUUUUAAAAAUCUUAAUUUAAAAAAAAAAAAAAAUCAUAGUAGCAUUCUAGCUCCAAAUAAGGGAAGUAAGAGGAUGUAUUAUUUUAGCAUUGGUUUUCCAAUGGUGGCUAUUUUGAGUGGCUAUUAUGAUUAAGGUGGUUGUAAGUGAAAUUAUUCUAAAGCUGUAUGUAUUUUCUCUUUUUCAUUCUUCUAAAAAGAGUGUAUGAUAGCAUAGAUAAUAUCUGGUACUGUACCAAGAGUCCUAGCUUUCAUUCUUUGAAUGAAUGUUUUCUAAAUAAAUGGACACAGAAAUAAAUGGGUUGAAUAUUGUAUUUAACUGUUUUUGAGAUUAACAUGUUUGCCAGACUUUUACAGAUGGAUUUAAGAGCUGUUUGUUCUGAUCUAUAGAGCACGUUAUGAUAAUGAAAAUACUUAGCAGAUAUGGCAUAUUUGGAUAGGGAGUUAACCAUAUAGGUGAAACUGUAAAUCAACUAGUGAUAUUGUUCCAUACAUUUACUUCAUGGUUGUUACAGGGGACAGAUUUUCUAAUUGGUUUCAGGUGUGAGAAAAGUUUUGGGUUUUUUUGUUUUUUUUUACUGGCCAAUGGCUUGAGCCCAGAAGUGGGGAGGGGAGUCAAUACUGGGGUUCAUCUCUGUUUUUUUGAUUAUAAAUAAGUGUAUUCCAAUGUCUUUGUAGCAUCCUGUUAUCUGUUCGGGUGGUACAACAGUGCAGUAUUGUAUACUCCUGAUUUAAUGUCUAAAACAAGGAGGCCACAUAUCUCAAGAAUUAUGCAGUGAGAAGUGUCCAAGUGUCAUUCUGGGCCUCUGCUGUGUUAUGCCAGCAGAGAAUGGCUACUUCGUUGUCUCCUGGAUGUCAUUCCAGUAGCAGUUUCUCUCACAGAAAACCAUUUUUUCUAGGCUACUGUCUCCCACCAGUAUGCCCAACCUCUUCAUAGAUCUGUUUUCUGUGGUAAACUAGGGCAGUGGAUGACUGUGCUGAAGAAGUUGCAACAGAGGACAAUUACUUUUGUUUCCUUCUUUUUAAAUUGCAUUGAUUUUUCAUGUCUCUUGUCUUUCAGGGGUUAGAUAAUGAUACAGAUGAGAUUCAGUGAACCACAGAUAAAUGCCUGUGGGAUUUUAAGCCCAAGCAGGAGGAGGGCAGGAAGGACUGCCUCUGCACAAGGAUGGUUUUCAGUCAGGCCCCUAAUGCUGAGCUCUUCUUCAGUGCUUUAGUGGUUUAGGCCCUUUCACACAAACAAUUACAGAUUUGACUUGGCCAAAAUAUCACCAAUAGUCUUGUCUUCUAAUCUGCUGUCCUCAAUGAUAGAACUGCACUAUAUUUGCUUCACUGUAAUGUAAUUCACUGAGACAAGAGUGUGGUAACUCUCAGGACUCAAUUGCUUGACUUGUGAACCACAGCUUCUUUAUGGCAGCUUUUGCAAUGAUGUCCUAGUACUUUAUGUGAGUGUCUUCCCACCCCAAAAGCAGGUCAUGCACCCACGAUUCAUACUGAGAAGCUGUUGAAGCCUUCUAUGUUAUGGUUUUGGGGUGCCACAGCAGCUCUUUCAGCUCUUGUGUGGUAAGUGCUCAUCCAGUUUCCAUUUGAGGCUCUCUCUGGAGCCAGUAAAUAGUGGCCACUUUUCCCUCUUUGCUCUUCCUCUCUUCCCUUCUGAUCCUUUGCUAACUGAUGUGCUCAAAAAAAUGAGAUCAAAGGUGAAGACAGUCCAGUGUGAGAGGACCCCAGCAGUCAACUAUCCAAUUUAUCCUGAAAGUGGUAUUGUUUGGAACUAAGGUCUAAGGUAGUGACUGAUUCUACCAGAAGUGCAAUACUUGCCCACAAAAUAAUGGGAAUGUGGAGAGGUUCAUGCAAUUAGGGGUACUGAACCAUACCAAAAAGAUGCAGGUGGACUAAGGAGAAGUUAAAAACCCAGAAAGAUGAAGAAAAUGGUUUUUCAGUAUAAUGUUGCAAGCAUUUUGGCAUUUGUGGCCCCCCUGGGUGCAGAGCUUCAUUGCUUAUGAAAGAGGCUGCAUUAGCCCUCUGUGAAAGGCUGAUUUUUGUUGAAUUCAAUAGCAGUAUUCCCACUGAACUCAAGUUGUGAGCAGCACCAAGCCAGAUAAAACAGGAACAGUAAAUUAAGCUAAAUUCUGAAAAGCUCAACCUCUGUCAAUAGAGCAAGCAAUCUGGGGUUUGUUAAAGUUGCUUCUUAACAGCUUCAGCCUACAUUUGGAAACAUCAUUCCAGUGUCUGAGUCUAAGUCUUUCAGGGUUUUUUUUUAAUGGUCUACAGCUGAUAGAGCCCACUUUUAGGUAACAUUAUUUUCUAGCCCAGUUGUUCCUUAUUUGCCAUUCACAUUUCAUUUUUUCUCUCCGAAGGAUCAGCAACACUCCAGCAUUUUUACUGUUGUCCCACCAAAUUGUAUUAGCAUUUUCCAAUUGUGUGCCAAAUUGAAAUAACAAUUCUAUAAAUAAAUUAUCUGAAAAUAC